AUGCCUCCAAAGGACAAUUCUCGCAAGAGGUCCUCUAUAAUGUUCAAGGCGACCUCUUUUCUACUCGGAGCCCCAGGUGCGGAAGCAUCGCCUGCGCCAAAAACGACGCCAAAGACCGCGUCCAAGCCAGAACGAAGGAAGUCGAUCCCAUUGCCUCCAUCUGGUUCAACUCCCACCAGAACUAUCAAUCUGCCAACAGACGAUGGCCCCAUAUUGACUACGCCGCGAAAAUCGAGCCAGACCUAUGGGUCUAGCCAACGCUACUCGUCGCUGCUUUCGACUCCGCCAAGCGACAGACAACAGACAACCUCGCAGACACCAAAAAUUCAGUCACAACCUCCGUCACAACCCUUGCAUCGUCCUCAGUCACAGAUGCCCUCAAUACCGCAACAUGAGUCCAUGGAUCCAUAUAUAGUUGAUGCUGGUAACACUAGUGUUACCAGGAAACGGACUAGACGCCCAAGACAGUUCGUGGUGAUCGAUAGUGAUGUUGGAGCUUCCAGCAAUAGCCUUGAGGCGAUUCCGGUUCAACAGCGAGAGGUUUCAGCAGGUAAUCCAGAGUUUGGUGAUCUUAUGACCUCGUUGGAUAAUGAGAUAUCUUUGCUGCGAUUGAAAGAAGCCAAUGUCAGCGCUGCUGCGUUUUCCAACUUGACGGUAUCCUCCAGCGAGUAUUCGCCUCUGAAGACGAGCAGCCAAUUCCCAUCGUCUGAUGCUGGCCAAUUGCGUUCGCCGCUAGACCAGGUGAUAUCCCCUUCAGGACUAGGUAUCCAUCUUGACGAUGCUGCGACGGAAUCGGAUGCUACUCCAGUGAUUGCCCAGAUUACCUCUGUGGAUAUCCCCAUGACUGAUGAGAGUGUGGAUUUGCCCAGACCUGCGUUUGCGCAAACUGGGCAGUUUUCCCCCGCUACAACUGCUUCGGCAGAAGAUGAGGACGUCUUCUACGAUGUUGGGGAACCAGUAGAGUCAAGCGAGGAGUUAACAAGUCGCGAAGAUGAACGUGGUUCUUAUGAGCCCUCGUUCAAUUCAAUUUUGCCGUCGCCUAAUGGAGAGCUUGGGUCCUCGUUUGGGGUGGAUCUCCAGCCGAAGAUCAAGGGAUUGUCCAUAGCCAAUGCAGAUGUUGUAUCUUCCGACGAAGAACGAUACUAUGGUAAGAGUCAAGUUGGAGAUUACGAGAUGGGAGAGUCUGAGGGAUCUGAGAGGGACUUCGAUGUGCCACCUUAUAGGCCAGGUGAAGCGGAGGAUGCAUUGGCACCCAUUCCAAAUACCAAGCAGUUCAACGAGGGUUUGCAUUCACUGAAUAAUGGGUCUAUUGAUGAGCCAUAUGGCGAAAAUCUGUGGCAAGCUGCAGAUUCUGUCCACACUAGCCCAUAUUCUCGCAGACGACUUUCUCUUGAAAUGGUGGAUAACCGCUCUUUGUACCGCGACGAUAACAGCUCUGUUAACGUUAACAUUGGGCGCAACGAUGAAGAUGGAUUUACUCGGGUUUCCUCUGGAGACUCGGUGUUGGACAGAAAUAACUCCAUGGAAAAGAUUUUGGGGACUGGUUCCCCUUUGGAGGAAACAGUGCGUGAGCCUUUUCCUCUGCCCAAAUUGCCCAGUGAGAGCUCUGACAUUGCUGGUCAGAUAUUGCCUGCGACUGUGGAAUCCAGCGAUAGCAAUGAAAACGAAGAUUACGAUUUGAACUUCGUUGCUAGAUCUCCUUUCUACUCUCCAUAUGAAGAGGAGGAUUUACCGAAACAGAUGGUUGUCCGCAAUAUGACUUCCAGUGCGACCACAUCAGAGGAUGCUAGUGCGCACGAUCGUGCCAUUGAAUCGGAGCCUGCUUAUUCACAUGGCAGUGACUAUGCAGUGAGUAGAGACCAAUCUCCUUCCCAGGAGAGUUUCUAUCCUACUUAUGCAAGUACCGAUGCCCUAGCUGAUGUAUCAGGAAGUAACAGACUGGUUGAUGUUAAUGGAGCUCCACGGACCAGACGCCAGCAAAUCCCUAUUACUGCGACUGAGCUUACACGUGACUCCCAGCAGAGCACCCUCGUAGCAAAUAGCACCGGGCAUGUGCCAGAUGGGCUGGGUAUUAGGUCGGCGUAUGUUGCUGCUCUUAGGAAAAAAGCUGGAACUGCGUAUAGCGAAAAGUCUAAGCAAAGUGCGAGUUUGCCCAUUGCUAUCAGACCACAUUCAUCUGCUACGAAGACUCACACCAAGACUCUUUCAAAGUCUUCUUCCGACAGUUGGAGGAAGAGUAUUCUGUCAAGUGCUGAUAUCAAACAUGGUACGCUGAAGCCCAGACUACUUGCUUCUGAGGUUGAUGACGAUGAUGACGUUAGCAGUGGAAUAGUUACUCCACUGACACCGCCAACUGUGGAAACCCCAGGAGAGCAACUACGGAAACUACAGACCGGGAGAUCGAUCUUGGAGACCGCACAGCCGGCGAACAGCACCAAUGGGUUGAACAGGCAGUCCAGCAUAAGAAGUACUUUCACCUACCGUCCCUCAGAGCCUGGCUUGAAACUUUUCAUCGCCAACCCCGAUACGAGUGAUGAGGAGGAAGAGGGGCAGAGGUAUCCUGAAGCCAUCAAUGAGAGUGAUGAAUAG